CCGCCGCCGCCAUCCCGACCCCCGCCGCCGACAGGUUCUACGCCUGCCCGCAGUGCGACAUGAGCUUCCGGACGUCCACGCAGCUGUCGAAGCACCAGGUGACGCACGUGAAGCAGCUGCUGGACGGGUACACGCCAGGCAAGGAGAACCUCGCCGAGACCUCCUCGGACCUCAAGAUCCGCCUCAAGCUCUGUUCCCGCGACAAGCCCAACUUCUACACGCUGUGCAAGAAGAACCGCCGCCGCCGCGGCGCCGUGAGACGCAACCCCGCCCCCUCUGAGGACGGCAGCGGUGACGGCGGCGCCGGGCGCUACUGCUGCAGCCAGUGCGGGAAGCGGUUCAGCCACGCCUCCAGUCUGGCGCGGCACCAGCAGACGCACCGGACGGCGGCGGGGGGGGACGGCGGCAGGCGGGGGAAGCUGUCCCAGCACCUUCACGUCAAAACCGGACUUUCUGGCGCCGGCGUCACCGGCGCCAAAACCAAGACGUACACCUGCGGCGCCUGCAGCAAGACCUUCAUGCACUCGUCCAGCUUCUCGCGCCACAAGAAGGCGCACGUGGAGGAGGAGACGCGCGCACGGGCCGCCGCCAACAAGCGCCGGAAGAGGGUCGUCCUGGACGAGACGGCGCCGCUGGAGUCAGACUCGGAGUGACGCCGGCUCGGGAACGGGUUUGGACCGGCUUAUGGGUCAGCUCUGAACCAGUUUAAAGACAGACUCUGGAGAGGCUUCAUUUGGAAAAGGUCUGGACCAGUUGGGGACAGAUUCUGGACCUGGUUGGGGACAGAUUCUGGACCUGGUUGGGGACAGAUUCUGGACCUGGUUGGAUCCUGAUCUUAUCCUGAUCUUCAGCUGGGGACAGAUUCUGGACUUGUUGGGGACAGAUUCUGGACCUGGUU